AUGUUCCGUCUAACUAGCGCAAGAAGUAUCGCCAGGUCGGUCAAUCUAGUGUCCAAGCGUACCUACGCUGAGGCUGCAAACGACUUUUUGAAGCUACAAUUUGCUCUACCUCACGAAACUCUAUUCGCAGGCUCCAAGGUCACCCAGGUGAAUCUACCAGCUCAAUCCGGCCAAGUUGGUAUUCUUGCCAAUCACGUGCCCACUGUUGAACAGCUCUCCCCAGGUGUUGUGGAGGUAUUCGAGGGUGGCUCAUCCAAGAAGUUUUUCGUUUCCGGCGGUUUUGCCACUGUUCAGCCAGACUCUACUCUAUCGGUGAACUCCGUCGAAGCGUUCCCACUGGACUCUUUCUCCUCCGAAAAUGUCAGAUCUCUGAUCUCUGAGGCCAACAAGAAUGUUUCGUCUUCCGACGAGAAGGUUGCCGCUGAAGCUGCCAUACAACUCGAGGUUUUGGAGGUGCUACAGGCCGCUCUUAAAUAA